ACAGCGCAGCUUCCCACGCUCAGUGACCAACCAUACAACUAGUCUCAGCUGUCCCCAGCUCAUACACAUGGCCGCCACGUGACAUCCCUUGUACCCGCCCAUGCCUCCAGGUGCUCGCCAAUCAGCGUGCAGCGUUGUCGUGGGAUGGAGCUUUUGGUCUCGUGCUUGAGCUUGUGGAAACACAUAGCAGAGAGAGAACCCUCAGUCUGAGCCUGCCAUCCUGGGACUGUGGUGGGGGGCAAGGGGCAGAUAGGUAAGAGACUGAGUGCAGGUACCGCUGUGAGGUAGAGGAGAGAGCGCUGAAGUGAGAGACCGUUAAGAACCUGAAGGACAAAGGGAAGAGACAUCUGAGGAGAGACUUGCGAACCAAAGCAAACAAUGGAACAGCAGGUCAGCUCGGUACAUUGGUUCCGGAAAGGGUUGAGGUUGCAUGAUAACCCGGCACUGCAAGCAGCCCUGAGGGGGGCAACAUCUCUGCACUGUGUCUAUAUCCUGGACCCCUGGUUCGCAGCAUCCUGCUCUGGAGGUAUCAACAGAUGGAGGUUCCUCUUGCAGUCCCUAGAGGAUUUGGAUAGCAGUUUGAGGAAGCUGAACUCUCGCUUGUUUGUAGUGCGAGGGCAGCCGGCUGAUGUCUUUCCCAGGCUUUUUAAAGAGUGGGGUGUCAACCGCUUAACCCUUGAAUAUGACUCAGAACCCUUUGGAAAGGAGCGGGACGCAGCGAUCAUGAAGCUAGCCAAGGAAGCUGGCGUGGAGGUCAUUGUGAAGAAUUCACAUACACUCUAUGACCUGGACAGGAUUAUAGAGUUGAAUGGCAACAGUCCGCCACUCACAUACAAGAGAUUUCAGGCAAUCAUCAGCCGCAUGGAUCUUCCCCGAAGGCCAGUACCCACCGUUACACGCCAACAGAUGGAAACAUGCCAGACAGAGGUCCAGAGCAACCACGAUGAAACCUAUGGGGUACCAUCCCUUGAGGAGCUUGGCUUCCCUGCUGACAACCAGUCUCCUGCUGUGUGGCCUGGAGGGGAAUCUGAGUCUCUGGCCCGUCUAGACCGUCACCUGGAACGUAAAGCUUGGGUGGCAAAUUACGAGAGGCCACGAAUGAAUGCCAACUCGCUCCUAGCAAGUCCCACAGGUCUUAGCCCGUACUUGCGCUUUGGGUGCCUGUCCUGCAGACUCUUUUAUUACCGACUUAAAGAGUUGUAUCAGAAGUUAAAAAAGAAUAGUCCUCCCCCACUAUCCCUUUAUGGGCAGCUACUGUGGCGUGAAUUCUUCUACACAGCAGCCACAAAUAACCCCAAAUUGGACCAGAUGGAGGGGAACCCUAUCUGUGUACAGAUUCCAUGGGACAAGAACCCUGAGGCUCUGGCUAAGUGGACAGAGGGAAAGACUGGUUUUCCCUGGAUUGAUGCCAUCAUGACACAGCUACGGCAAGAGGGAUGGAUACACCAUCUUGCAAGGCAUGCUGUGGCCUGCUUCCUAACCCGGGGGGACCUGUGGAACAGCUGGGAAUGUGGCGUCAAGAUUUUUGAUGAGCUGCUGUUGGAUGCAGAUUUCAGUGUGAAUGCCGGCAGCUGGAUGUGGCUUUCGUGCAGUGCUUUUUUUCAGCAGUUCUUCCAUAUUUAUUGUCCUGUGGGCUUUGGCAAACGGACAGACCCUAGUGGAGACUAUGUUAGACGAUAUUUACCUGUCCUGAAGGCUUUUCCAUCCCGCUACAUCUAUGAGCCAUGGAACGCACCAGAAUCUGUGCAGAAAGAAGCCAAGUGUAUUGUGGGUAUCGAUUAUCCCAAACCAAUCGUAAACCAUGCAGAAUCAAGCAGGCUGAACAUUGAGCGCAUGAAACAGACGUAUCAGCAACUGUCCUGCUACAGAGGGCUUUGUAUUCUGGCAUCUGUCCCAUCAUGCACCGAAGACCUCAGUGGUGCCCUUACACAUACUGCCUCUAGUCCAUGUAAUUCUUCAGAUCCAGCAUCCUCAAAACAGUCUCUGUGUGAUUUCUCCUUCCCUAAACGGAAACAUCAAGGCUCAGAAGAUGAUCCAAAUAAAAAGCCAAAAGUCCAGACCCUACAGUUUACUGAAUGGCCAUCCAAAGAUUUCUAAGCGUGGGAUUAUAGCGCUGCAUGCGCUCGCAGACCAUAUCGAGCAUGAUGGGAGACCCGUAUUCUAGUGUGCGCUCCAAGGAUUGCUGAUCUGCCUCCUCAUGGAUUGAAUUACUGAUUUGAAGAGAAAAUACAUUUUUUAUCCCCCAUUACCCCACAUUGAUCAAUGCAAAAGACAGAAAUCCAAGUACAGUCCUGAUUGCACGGUCUUCAUACAGUUUUACGAAGAUCACCUCUUGUGUAUUCGAAGCAUGAAGGGUGAUUUAGUGAUGAUACCAAGUGUUGGGGCACAUUUGUUAAUCCAUGGCACUAAACUAUAGACCACAACAAAAAUAUUACAUAUUCCUGCUUUUAUUGAUAGGCUGCAGAAUAUUCCUACUUAUCUAGGUAUAAAACACCUGCCUGGCACUUGGAGCACUGGAACCUAUUGAGCCAAGUUCCAAAAUAAAUUAAAUAUUAUUUUAAAGCAGCUUGCUAUCUUAGUGCACCUUAAAAAAAUCUCUAAAAUUGUUGUCAACAUGACCAAUAGAGCUUUUGCCGGCAGUGGCAUAUGUAAUAUUUAGAGCAGUUUCAUAAGGUAAUUUUUAAAUUAUUUUGUAUCUUUAAUGAAAGCCGAAGUGUUAAUAUUGCAAGAUAUUGGAAUGAAACCACUGAAUAUUAAUAUGUAAGUGCUUUAUGUAAAUAUGACAGUAUUCUUAUCAUAAAAUAAUUUUAAACAAU